UUGCGGAUGUGGAACCUGAGCAUGAGCAGUGUCCGGUCCAUGCCCUCUAUGUCAAUGUGUCUCUGGCUCAGGGGGCUCCAGUCCAGCUGCAUUUUCUGGUGUCUGGAGCCAAUCACACCUUUUCUGAGAUGCAUGAGAUGCUACAUGGAAGUCCACAGGUUUUCGUCAUCUCAAACACAAUACAAGGCAAAUUAAAUGUUGUGGUCAGAGCAGAGAAUUCCUUCUCAAGAAUGGAAAUGGAUAGUGGAAACACAACAGUGAAUUGUCACAACGAAACAAGGAAUCAACAUGAAGGAGACACGAUCAGUGAGCAUGUGAGAACUGCCAGAGCUAAUAAUCUAAAGAUCAUUGUAGCUCCAGAGGUCCCAAUCAUCGGUACUACCAGUGUCAAGCUAUAUGUUGAUGGAUUAGUGGAUGACAAUGCUAUCUGGAGAUGCCAUGAGGCUUGCCCCUGUCCCGAUGAAGUGACAAAUAGAGAUUAUGAGAUAUCCAAAGCUUGUCUUCCACCAGUAUACAGUUUCUCUGUGUAUACUGUACAUACCAAGUCACAUGGUUUCACACAAUCUGGAACCAGAUGCAUCACUGUCAUUCCUGGAGAAAAUAUGAAGCUAUCUGUUACCUGUUCCAACUGCAAUCCGGUGAACAUCGCUGAGAGUGUUAAGUUACAGGUGCAGUGUGAAGGAUGUCAGAAAAUUGUUUGGUACUUUGAGCGCAAAAAGGAUUUUACUGGUUCGCUAAGCCACUGUUACUCAGAGUCAGUGAAAAAGUCAUUGAUACAGAAGGCAGAGGGCAGCAGCUCUUUUACCAUAGAGAGUGAUACACUACAAAAGGCAAAGCAGGAUAUCACAGUGGUGGUUUAUGCUAUCAAAGACAGCUUAUCUGGAUCUGCUAGAUACACUGUUCCAAUUGAUGAUACAUCCAGUACUGAGGAUUCAUCAGUCCAGCCGCUUUUGCCAACCACUGUCUCUCCAUCAUCUCAUACUACUGACAAAUCAAUCAACUCUGUAACGCCCCCUAUCGCCCUGAGUCCUCCCUCCUGCAUCAUUAGCCCUCUUGUGGGUGAUUUUCUCUCUCCCUUUAAGAUCAGCUGCUCUGUUGAUCCAUCUUUUUGCAAAGCUGGGUCCUGUAUUUUCUGCUUCAAAACUGCCAAGGGUAAUUAUUUUUAUUGUGGUGCCGAGCCCACGGUGGAGUCGCUUUACCUCCCUCUAGGGAAUAAACAUAACAACUACAGUCUGACGGUGGUCAUCACUGUUAAGAACGGAGCAGGUGUUACUGCUGACACUGCUGUAACCACUCGGGUAAAGGACACCAGUAGAAAUCACACCGUUGGAGAUCUCCAGGCGCUGGUUUCCAACCAGGUCUCUCAGCUGCAGCAACAAGGUCGACUCACUGGGGCAGCACUGGCACAGAUGUUCCAGUCUGUGUCCGACAGACUGAAUGAGCCAUUACCUGAAGGACAGCAUGACAGUGUCAAAAAAGAGCUGAGACAGCAGAUGUUGCAGAGUUUGAGUGCUGCCACAAGUUCCUUCCCUCCGAACAAUCCAGCAGAGGUGCAGAUGAGUGCUAAUGUGGUUGCAGGCCUUACCACACAGGGUCAUGAGCUGACAGACACUGCUCAGUUACAGGCUAGUUAUCUGCUUACAAACCUCAGUACGUCCUUGGUCACCUUGACACGUUCUGGUAAGGAGCUCUCUGAACAGAUACUGCAAGCAUCUAUGCCGAUAAUUGAUGCUGUCAGUAAUAUCAUCAAAGUUUCUUCCAGUACUUCUAAGCAGAAUGAGAUCUCCAGUCAUUUACUAAACACUGUGGACAAUGUUCAGAGUGCCUUGUUGGCUGAUAAAAAGGUGAACCAGGAGCCCACCAUUCUCAGCACAUCAGUUUUUGGUUUAUAUGUCAACAGAAUAUCAUCAAAUGACCUUUCGAAACAGCCCAUUAACGUUCAGAAGAACAGCUCUGCCAGUUUUAUCCUCCCAUCUCUGGGCUCUGAUGUUGUGUCUCAAGAUGAACCAGUAGAUGUACGGAUGACAAGUUUUCGGAUAAAUCCAUUCUCAUGGCAUGAUGGUGAGCAUAUCAGUGGAUCAGUGGGGUCUCUUUCUCUUACCAAAAUGAAUGGCUCUGUGAUUCCAGUGGCAAACCUCACCGAGGAGAUUGAGAUUCUCUUACCAAGGACGGAGGUGGCAGAGGUUAACCAAACUCUUCUGGAACUGGCAAACUUCAGUACUGUGGUCAUUAAUGUGACUGCACCCAAUAUAUCUCUGGUUUUCAAGUUAGACCCUUCAGAGGAGACACCUCUGCAGUUGCUCCUGGGUUUUCAGGACUACCCUAAUGACACAAAUUAUGAGGCUCGGAUUCAGCUACCUCAAGAUGGUGACUCUGCAGAGGAAAGGUACACAUGGGUGCUUAACCCUACGGAGAUGACAAUAGAAGUAGGCGUUUACUACCUUCUGGUGAGGCCUGUUGUUGGUGCAGGGGUGAAUUCGACAAAUGCCUCAGUUUUCAUCACAACCAUUGCUGCUCACUGUUUGUAUUGGGAUGAGAUAAAGGCCAACUGGAGUGGUGAUGGCUGUAGGGUUGGCCCUCGCACUACAACAUUGGUUACUCAAUGCCUGUGUACCCAUUUGACCUUUUUUGGAAGCUCUUUCCUCGUUAUGCCCAACGUGGUUGAUGUGUCCCGCACUGCUGAACUUUUUGCCACUUUCGUCAACAACCCGGUGGUGGUGUGUUUUGUAGGCGCCAUCAUCCUGGCUUACCUGGUGGUUGUGAUGUGGGCACGAAGAAAAGACAUUCAGGAUGCAGUCAAGGUGAAGGUCACAGUGCUUGAGGACAACGAUCCCUUAGCCGAAUAUCGUUACUUGUUGAGUAUUAACACGGGACAUCGUCGUGGGGCCUCCACCUCUUCUCAGGUGACAGUGACUUUACAGGGCACAGAGGGAGAGAGUGAACCUCAUCAUUUGACUGACCCUGGAAAACCAGUGUUUGAAAGGGGAGGACUGGACAUGUUCUUGCUGACCACCCCUUUCUCUCUGGGAGAGCUACAAAGUAUCAGGCUGUGGCAUGACAAUUCAGGACAGCACCCUGCUUGGUAUGUUAACAAGGUAAUGGUACAGGACCUUGAGACUGGGCAGAAGUGGCACUUCCUGUGCAACUCAUGGUUGUCCAUUGACUUGGGAGAAUGUACACUAGAUAAAGUUUUCCCUGUAGCAACAGAGAUGGACUUGAAAAGGUUUAGUAAUUUGUUCUUCAUGAAGACUGCGAAAGAUUUCCGUGAUGGUCACAUCUGGUUCUCUGUAAUCAGUCGUCCCCCAAGUAGUAAUUUUACACGAGUGCAGCGUGUCUCCUGCUGUUUUUCGCUGCUGCUCUGCACCAUGUUGACCAGUAUCAUGUUCUGGGGUAUCCCGUCAGAUCCCUCAGAGCAGACCAUGGACCUGGGUCAGAUUGAGUUCACCUGGCAGCAGGUCAUGAUUGGCAUCCAAAGUUCCAUUAUCAUGUUUCCUAUCAAUCUCCUCAUUGUGAGUAUCUUCAGAAAUGCUCGGCCAAGAGAGCAAAAGUCUGAAUCAUCUUCCAAGCAGCAGUCAAAGACAGAUCCCAAAAAGCAAGGUAAAACGGGACGCGUGUCUCCGAAUCAGCCUCCACACAAUAAUCACAAGGAAAUCACACCUGACACUGUGAUAAAGGACGUCAAACGGAUAGCACAGUCACUCUAUAAGGUCAUGAGAAGACCUGUUCCAAGGAUAGAACUGGACUCCACCAAAACAAAUAUCAACAAUCUGCUGUCACUGGUUGAAGAGAUAAUUUGUCAACACAAUCGAAUUGGAAAUGAGUUUUACACUGACUCUUCUAAAAAGGAACAAACCUUUGCUGCUUCCCUGGAGUGUGUAAAUCUGAAAGAGAGCAGUUAUUGUGAGAGUGCAGAGCAAAAUGGAAAACACAGCAUCUACAGCCAGUAUCUCUACAAACAACUGCAAAAUGUGGAGAGAGAGCUGAGACUACUGGGGCCUUCAUCCUUCUCUAAGCCAGACAGCUACAACCAGGCUGUAUUGCAGGUCCAAGGCAUGAAGAAAUUACUUGAACCUCAAGUCUCCUCCAGUUCUGCCAGUGGUCUACAUACCCGUAGCUCCAGCCCCACAGGGGGCAACAGUGGAGACAGCAAAAAGUGUUGUCAGAAAGGCUUGCCCUGGUGGUUUGUGUUCGUUGGUUGGUUUCUUGUUGUAGCCACCAGUGGUGUUUCAGCAUACUUCACUAUGAUGUAUGGGCUGACCUAUGGGAAGGAGCGCUCCAUCAGCUGGCUCAUCUCAAUGGUGGUGUCAUUCUUCGAAAGCCUCUUCAUUACCCAGCCUGUAAAAGUACUGGGCUUUGCAGUCUUCUUUGCUUUGGUACUCAAAACUGUUGAUCAAGAAGAUUAUGGAGAUGUUCCGAUUGAUGGGACUCUACCCAUAAUGACAAAACAUCUGUCCACAGAUGAUCCAGAUGCAGUCAGAAUUGCCAGGAGAGACAGCACAUGUAGCUUCUAUCAGCCUCCUCCUCCCACCAAUAUAGAAAAGAUGAGAAACAACAUGAUCAAGGAGCAGAAAGUUUUUGCACUCAUCCGAGAGAUUCUCAUUUAUGUGGGAUUCCUGUGGAUGCUUCUCUUGGUCGCAUAUGGUCAGCGAGAUCCACAUGCGUACUACCUCACCCAGCACAUCCGGCAGAGUUUCAGGAAUGGCAUUUCAGACAGUAUGAAGCACAAUGAUAUAUUAAAUUGGGCAAAAUCCUCCUUGCUGAAUAAUCUGUUUGGGCAAUAUCCAGGCUUCAUAACAGAUGGAAACUCAAAACUUGUUGGAAAUGCUCGACUCCGCCAGGUUAGGGUAAGAAAAGACUCUUGUAAAAUUGCCAAGACCAUGCAGUACUCUGUCCCUGACUGUCAUGCCCCAUACUCCUGGGAUGCGGAGGACAUGGGUUCCUACAGUCCAGGCUGGAACCGGAAUAAAAAUGUGAAUGGCUCUAAGAUUUUACUCACACCUUGGCACUACCAAACUCAGAACAAACUCCGGGCAAGCCCUGUUUGGGGUGGGCUGGCCCUUUAUAAGGGUGGAGGAUUUGUGGUGGAACUAGGUCCGGAUAAAAAGAAUGCAAGCAGUCUGCUUCAAUAUCUUUAUGACAACAUCUGGCUGGACGUGUAUACACAGGCUGUCUUUGUGGAGUUCACAGUUUAUAAUGCAAAUGUGAAUCUCUUCUGCAUUGUGACUCUCACGUUUGAGACCACGGGUGUGGGUGCAUUCUAUUAUCGCAGUGAGGUGCAGACUGUCCAUCUUUAUCAGUCCACUGGUGGCUUUCAUGUAUUUGUUAUAGCAUCAGAGGCCAUCUAUUUCCUCUUCAUUCUCUACUACAUGUUUGUGCAGGGCAAACUAAUGAAGCAGCAAAAAUGGGCAUAUUUCAGUAGCAAAUGGAAUCUAUUAGAGUUGGCCAUUAUCAUUCUAAGUUGGAGUGCAUUAUGUGUGUUAGUCAAGAGGACGAUGCUGGGUAACCGGGACAUUGAGUACUACCAAAAUAACAAAGACAUGUUUGCCAGUUUUUAUGAGACUGCCACUGCAGAUGCUGUACUGGGCUAUCUGAUAGCCUUCUUAGUCCUGCUGGCCACCAUAAAGCUGUGGCAUCUAUUGAGACUCAACCCCAAGCUACACAUGAUCACCUCCACACUGCAGCGGGCAUGGACAGAUAUCUCUGGCUUCAUCGUGGUCAUGACCAUCAUGUUUCUGGCUUAUUCCAUUGCUUGCAAUUUGAUGUACGGUUGGAGGCUCUACUCGUACAGAACUCUGCUUGAGGCUGCACAGACCAUUAUUUGUCUACAACUGGGUAUUUUUAACUAUGAUGAGGUUUUGGAUUACAAUCCACUUCUGGGAGCUUUCCUGAUUGGAUCCUGCAUUAUCUUCAUGACAUUCGUAGUUCUCAACCUCUUUAUAUCCGUGAUUUUGGUGGCUUUCAAUGAAGAACAACUUCAUCCCACUCCCUCUGAAGAAGAGGAGAUCGUGGACCUGAUGCUGAUGAAGAUCUGCAGUCUUCUUGGCAUCAAAUGCAAGAAAAAGCAAAUCGAUGCAGAUGCUUCUAUGACUACAGCUUCAGUCAUAUCAUAGAAAUGAUAUUCGUGUUUAUAACCAUGUCACAUGUCAGUUCAAGCUUUAUUGUAAAAUGCCUCUUGGUCUUUGGAUGCUUAGUAAUAAUUAUUGUAUAUCUUAAAAAGCUUCAUCCUGACGUUUACCUUGCAGAAUGUUUCCAUUAGGUCUGUUUGAAUAUUUGUCGAUGCUAUUAUUACAAAUAUUAAGCAUGAAAUAUGCAAGUUUUUGUCCUACUACCUCAUUGCAUUACAUCUAUCAAGGGGUCAGCAUUUCUGAGUAGAUAACAGAUGAAAACAUUUAUUUUCUUGCAGGGUAAUUUUAAAACACAACCUGCAGUAAAAUUACUACCUAGGGGAUGUUCAACUAAUUCAGCCAACACACUGUGUACCAGUAUUGAUACAUAAAGGGAUCUGAAUCAUAUACACCAUUGUUUAUGCCCUGCAGCAUAAAGUUGCAGAGUUGCUGCCAUGCACUAAAUGUCUCUGUGUUCUAGGAACAUUUUAACCAUACCAACUGGCUCCGCCAAUGACCUCAAGGCAGAGUCCUGCACGCGGGCGGGUACCCGCGGGUACCCGACGGGUGAACCGCAAAAAUUGACGUAACGGGUGGAAUAAUAUUGACGUGUCGGGUGCGGGUCGGACUGGUGACAGGCACGGGCGGGUUGCGGGUACAAUUAUAACCAAGACUAUUUCGACUUAAUCCAGUACACGCUGAUAAGCAGCUCCUUUCUUUCAAAUUGUCCCAUGCUUGUAUUCGCGCGCUCUGUCUGAAGACCGGGCUUCUACAGCGGGAUUUGCAAACACUGAGCACUGUAGCCAAUCGACAGCUGUAUUGACAUUGAUUGACAGCUAGCCUUUUAGACCUGUUUAAAAUAGAUUGGUCACAUACGCAAUAGUUUUAUAUUGUUUUUACACGUUGGAUGUUGUGCGAGCUCUCUCUCUCGAGAUCCUCGACACUGCUGCCAGUCCUACAUAUUUUUAUGCAGCCUAUAAUGUUGCUUUCUCUCUCUCUGUUAACUUGUUGGGCUGCGUGUGUUAAAUGUUAUUAUUAAUUUUUAAACGCAUUAACGCAUCAACUCAGAAUGACUUGUUAAUUGCUUGUUACAUUAAAAAUAAAAUAAAGGCGUUUUUUCCGCCUUAUGUAGAUUUAAUGCGGGUGCGGUUCGGGUCGCGGUUUUUAUGUCAAACGGGUCGGGUCGGGUCCGGAACUAAAUUAGUGUUGCUGUCGGAUAACGGGUCGGGUAUUCGGUUAACUACUGCGGGUGCGGGUUUAUCAAAAAGGACCCGUGCAGGACUCUGCCUCAAGGACUUUGCAUAAAAAAUGGUCUGGGAUUGUUUUUCAGGUCUUAACCCUUAUAUUGCUUAAACAGGACAGUAAGCUCAUUCAAAAAAAGAAGAAACUCUAAGACCUUUGGGUGCCCAGCCAUUACAGAUGUAUAGCAUGCAUGUACCAGCAAGAACAACAAAAUCAGUCAUUCUUACAAACUAUUGAUAACCUUUAAAGUUUUCAUUGGGGUACCGCAACAAACCUAUUGAACUCAUCAGUAUGUCACAUAUUUUGGGAGUCUAUAGCCUUCAAAACCAAAUGCAAAAUGGUUGUAAAAUUUGGUAUACUUAUUGGACAGGGCAUUACUGGAAGCAAUUCUGAAGUCUCUCAAAAUUUCCAAGCACUACUGAUAGUUUUGACUUGCAUUUCUGCUGAUAAUUUUUGAACAGUGUGGCCUGCAUAUACAUUCAGUGGACUAGUUUAGUCAAUUUUCACCCCCACAUUUUCAGCGAUUUGAACAAAAAAUGGCAUUUAAACAUCCUAAAGCUCUUAUUUGAUUUUCUUCACAUUUGGGUGGGAUAAUUUUGAUACACCAAAUAAUUUAUGUGUAACGCUGGGAUCCUCAUUCAUGAUGCUGGAGAGCCACUUCCCUAAAAUUCAGUUCUGCUGCUUCAUCAGUUUGUCCUGUUAAAUCCAGAUGACACUGUGCAUUAUAGGCAAAUUGCACCUAUUUCAGUGUUCCAUUAGAGAGCUGACCGGCUCAAAAUUGUAGUAGAAAAUUAAGAGGUCUCUGAUGCCAGAACUAAUGCAUGAACGCGAUCAUUGGUCAGUCUGUACUUAUCCUACAGCUUUUAUUCAGUUUUCUUCACAUUUGGGUCAGGUAAUCUUGAGACUACUUCUACAGUUAUCAAGCUUUGAUAUACCUAAUAUUUUGUGUAGCACAGAUUCUGAUUCCUGAACCCAAAGAGCCACUUUCCUACAGCGUUUAGUUGUAGCUGUGCCACAAACAACAGUUUAAAGUCCAGUUAAAAUGAUUUGUAUAGAGCUUUUCACAAAACACAUUAUUUCAAAGCAGCUUUACAGAAAAUUGUGAUGUUAAUCUCAUAAUAUCUUCAUGCCUUAUAGUCACAUUUAGUAGAUUAUAGCUGGGCAAUAAUAUACUUAACACCUUGUGAAGACAAUCUCAAAUAGAUGAGACUUACUAUGCAGUAUAAAUUACCCUACAUGAGCAUAUUGUAUGUGAAUAAUGUUGGAUAUACUAUAUAUCCAAUUUUAUAUACAGAGCAAUACGAUAAUAUAUAGUUUACAUUUUGACUAUAUAUUAAAUAUACACAGCCGAGAUUUGCAAUGUAGUAUAUGUGGCUUUACAAAAGUGUAUUGUAUGCAGGUAUACUAUAUAUAUAUAUCCAACUUUUACUAUACUUCUGGGUGAUCAUAUAGUUUUAAAAUUGACAAAGAUAUAGAACCAAACUACCAAACUCAAAAACCCUGAUGAGUGGAUUCAAUGCAUUGAAAUACAGUUCAAGCUAGAUUCUGAAGGAAAGUGGCUCUCCAGGAUGUGGAUUGAGGAACGGUGUAACGCAUAAAUGAAUGUAAAAGCAAGGAUGGCAAUCAAGUGAGGCUGAAUUUGAUCACUUUGGUGUCCAGAAGUAAAAUUUGGAAAUUAUCCUUAUCACAACGCUCUGAGGCUGUCUAAGCAGUUAGGUGACAGCGCCACCUACAGGACAAUUACAGCUGCAAAAUAUGGAGACAUCCAAAAUGUCCAAGUUUGAAAACUCCUGGCUCAGAUUCAGACAAAUUUUUCUUUAUUUUUUGCAAGGAAGUUAGGCCAAGACCAUGCCUUAAGGGACUCUUUAUAGCUCUAUGAUUCCCCAAAAAAAACAAAACAAAUAGUACUCAGCUUUACAAUGUGCAUCACAUUGGCGUACUUGGCCACAAUUUUGCUGCUUGCAGCUAUAUUCUCUGCUUCAUUUUUUACCCAAUAAUAUUGCAAGACUACAACACUACUAGGCAAUCACCCUGAAGAACGUUUCCGUAGUAAAAUGGCCAAAUCUCCAGUGGAACCAUGUUGGAAUAAGACGGUUGUAAAUUACAUUUCACACAUAAGUGGUGGAGUAAUAUCCUCUGCUAAUCAGUCGAUUAAAGAUUGUUAUUAUUGUCAGACCUGUGUCAAUUCCUCUGCCAGAUUAUUGUCAAUUACACAACUAGAAAGCCGCUCAUUUUCUAAUCACGUUAACAUGCAUUAUGUAAUUGCCGUACAUGGUCCAUUCAGUCAGCAGCUUUCUCCAAAAAUCUCUCAGAGAAGCUACUCUUACAAAUGUGGCAUCUGAGGACUACUUCACCGUUUUUGAACCAUCGUGUCGUUUUAUUUGAUUUAUCACGGCUUCCCUCUUUCCUCCAGGGCUCCCCUUACAGAUUUAUUCACAAACAUGGCGCUGACUGUUUACACACUAAAAUAUAUAUAUAUAUAUAUAUAUAUAUAUAUAUUUAAAAGAAAAGAAA